AUGGUCACAUUAACACCUAUUGCACUAGCAAAUUCAAAAACAAAUUUCACUGGAUUUAGCAUCUCAGGAUAGACCAACAAAAAUGUUACUAAUUGCCGUGUUCCUACAAAGCUUACCUUUGUUACAUCAAGCAAGGAUACUACACCCUAGAGUAUUAAAAGUACAAACACCACUGAUUUUAGCAAUCUUUACGUUGUUGAUGAUGUUAGCGGUGCUAGCUAUAAAUUAAUCAACUCAGUUGUUAACAAUUACACUGCUAAUCUUAAUUUAUACGUCUAUCAUAAUGAUACUGGUGUAGAUAACCGUGUCUAAUAAAUCUUAAAACUAAUCAAUACAUCUGCUUCCUCAUUAAUGGCUACAUUAGUAUUUGGUUUAUUCACAUUGCUUUUUUGA